GGGGAGCAAGACGCGUCGUAAAAAGUCGCGGUGGAACGUCCCUGCGAUCUACUGAGCUGGCGCUUUACGGUGCUGGGCACUGCUGAGCUGGGAGAUGUCGGCCGCGGGCUGGGCCGAGCCCUUGGGUCCUCCCAGCAGCUUUGCGAAGCGAGUUCUGGUGACCGGGGGUGCUGGUUUCAUUGCAUCACAUGUGAUUGUCUCUUUAGUAGAAGACUAUCCAAACUAUAUGAUCAUAAAUCUAGACAAGCUGGAUUACUGUGCAAGCUUGAAGAAUCUUGAAACCAUUUCUAACAAACAAAACUACAAAUUUAUACAGGGUGACAUAUGUGAUUCUCACUUUGUGAAACUGCUUUUUGAAACUGAGAAAAUUGACAUAGUACUACAUUUUGCUGCACAAACGCAUGUAGAUCUUUCCUUUGUCCAUGCCUUUGAGUUUACAUAUGUUAAUGUUUACGGCACUCACGUUUUGGUGAGUGCUGCUCAUGAAGCCAGAGUGGAGAAAUUUAUUUACGUCAGCACAGAUGAGGUAUACGGAGGCAGUCUUGAUAAGGAAUUUGAUGAAUCUUCCCCUAAACAACCAACCAAUCCUUAUGCGUCGUCUAAGGCAGCUGCUGAGUGUUUUGUACAGUCUUACUGGGAACGAUACAAGUUUCCAGUUGUCAUCACACGAAGCAGUAAUGUUUAUGGACCACAUCAGUAUCCAGAAAAGGUUAUUCCAAAAUUUAUAUCUUUACUACAACACAACAGGAAAUGUUGCAUUCAUGGAUCAGGGCUUCAAACAAGAAAUUUCCUUUAUGCUACUGAUGUAGUGGAAGCAUUUCUUACUGUCCUCAAAAAGGGGAAACCAGGUGAAAUUUACAACAUUGGAACCAAUUUUGAAAUGUCAGUUCUACAGCUUGCCAAAGAACUAAUACAACUGAUCAAAGAGACCAAUUCAGAGUCUGAAAUGGAAAACUGGGUCGAUUAUGUUAAUGAUCGACCUACCAAUGACAUGAGAUAUCCAAUGAAGUCAGAAAAAAUACAUGGCUUAGGAUGGAGGCCUAAAGUGCCUUGGAAAGAAGGAAUCAAGAAAACAAGAAACUUUGCCGGCCAUGACUGUGGAGACUGCAAGUUCGGCUGGACCGGCCCCAAGUGCGAGCAGAAGAAACCACUGGUCGUUCGGCAGAAUGUCCACUCCUUGACCCUUCAGGAGAGGGAGCAGUUCUUGGGGGCCUUGGACCUCGCCAAACACACCCCACACCCCGACUAUGUGAUCACCACGCAACACUGGCUGGGCCUGCUCGGGCCCAAUGGGACCCAGCCACAGAUCGCCAACUGCAGCAUUUAUGAUUUCUUUGUGUGGCUCCAUUAUUAUUCAGUUAGAGAUACAUUAUUAGGACCAGGGCGCCCAUACAAGGCCAUAGAUUUCUCACACCAAGGACCCGCCUUCGUUACCUGGCACCGGUACCAUUUGUUGUGGUUGGAAAGAGAUCUCCAGCGACUUAUUGGCAAUGAAUCCUUUGCUUUGCCCUACUGGAACUUUGCCACCGGGAGGAACGAGUGCGACGUGUGUACAGACCAGCUGCUCGGGGCAGCAAGACCAGACGAUCCAACUCUGAUCAGUCAGAACUCCAGAUUCUCCAGCUGGGAAAUUGUCUGUGACAGCUUAGAUGACUACAACCGCCGGGUCACCCUGUGUAAUGGAACCUAUGAAGGGCUGUUGAGAAGAAAUCAAGUCGCAAGAAACAGUGAGAGACUGCCAACUUUAAAAGAUGUACAAGAUUGUCUGUCUCUCAAGAAGUUCGACAACCCUCCUUUCUUCCAGAACUCCACCUUCAGCUUCAGGAAUGCCCUGGAAGGAUUUGAUAAAGCAGACGGGACCCUGGACUCUCAAGUAGUGGGCCUUCAUAAUUUGGUCCAUUCCUUCCUAAACGGGACAAGCGCUUUGCCACAUUCUGCUGCCAAUGAUCCUGUUUUUGUGGUCCUUCAUUCCUUUACCGAUGCCAUUUUUGACGAGUGGAUGAAAAGAUACAGUCCUCCUGCGGGUGCCUGGCCUCAGGAGCUGGCUCCCAUUGGUCACAAUCGGAUGUAUAACAUGGUUCCUUUCUUCCCACCAGUGACUAACGAGGAACUAUUUUUAACUGCAGACCAGCUUGGCUACAGCUACGCCAUUGAUCUGCCAGUUGAAGAAACUCCAGGCUGGACCACAAGCCUCUCAGUAGUUUUGGGGAUGCUGGUGGUUUUGGUUGGUCUUUUGGCACUGCUGCUUUUCCUUCAAUACAGAAGACUUCGAAAAGGAUAUACACCUUUAGUGGAGACACAUUUAAGCAGCAGAAGAUACACAGAAGAAGCCUAGAUGCUCACAGCUUAUGCUAUGAAGAGGUUGGCCAUGCCCUAGUUCUGACCUUGACAAUGAGCAAAUUAACUCUCGCUGUUCUUCCUUUAGUUGAAGAGCUUGGGUAUAGCUCCUCCUAUUGUGGUGAUGAUCCCAAACACAGAAGACACUUAGCUGUGGUUUCUGGUUUGCUUGUUUAUUUAACAAACGAGCUAAAGUGCUGGAAGCUCUCUCUCCCAUCAGACAAAGGGAGAGCCAAUGAUUGAUGGGUGGGUAUCUGAUAAUAAUUCCCCGUAUUGAUUAAGCUCCCUCGUGUUCUGAGAGCUCCGCACCAAAACUGACAGAGUGGAUUCAUUGAAAUUUGCAGGGCAGUGUUAUUUGAGACGUGGAUAAGAUCAUGGUUCAGUUUUUCUUAGCCCAAGUGUCCUCAUCUGUAAAGAGACGGGGCAGGAGGGUGGCCGGCACUACGUGAGUCUCCAAGGCCCCUUUUAGGCAUAAGUAUCUGUGCUUCUAGGUGCCUUCCUCAUCCUCUUCCUGAGGCUGCUGUUCCUUUUUUCCUCUUCUUUUUCCUCCUUGGCCUUUAAAGUGAACUUGAAGAUGAAAGUAGGCCUUAUUUUCCACAUAGGAUGGAGAAUGAAUGAUCAGUGAAUUUGGUUCUAUUUUAUAAAUUAGACUUUACAGAGUUUAAAAAGAGUCUGGUUCUUAACAGUAGACCUGUCACAAGAGUCAGUAGCUGAAUAAACAUUGAUCCUGUAGUGGUAAAUGAGCAGAUGAGGGAUUAAAUUAUAGAGCUUUCUAGUUGAUUAAUAUACUGUCCUGAAUUUAUUAAUUUAGUAUAGAAUCACUGUUUCCAGGAAAGGCUGACUGGAGAAGGCUGGUGAUAAUCCUGAACAUGAGAUAAUUUGAUUAGAGUUCCUUUGCUCAAGUCUCAUUUGGCUGAUCUUGAGCCAAUUCCUUUACUAGGUAGCCUCAGAUGAAAUAUUAUUCACGCAUUUGGCUUAUUUUUUAAGAGUUGACUUUAAAUUUACUAACGCGGCACUGUACUGACAGUUACGAAUGCCGAUCAGUUAAGUCUCGUCAUUUAAAAGCAAACCAUUCGUACAAAACAUACGAAUUCAGAACUAAAUGGUUAUGGUCCCCUAGGUAAUCCACCAACUCAUUCAGAUCAUAAGAGAGAAGAAUGAGGCAGUCUUUCCGAAGAUGUUUAGACUUAUCAGGAUGAUCCCUACUUCUGAGAAGUGAACGGUUAUGGAGAUUUCAAGGCAAUUCCAUCUGUUCAUAUCACGCAUUAGGAGUGAGGCCAAAGUUCUAGCAGGUGGUUCUUCUGUGUGCUCAUUUCAGACCUUUGCUACCGGAAUGGACGUGUGUAAAGAAUGGGUGCUAAGAGCCCCCUGGUGCCACCUUCUACAUAUUGGGGCUGGGGGUGGGGUGGGGGUACAAGAUUCGGUGACACCCAGUUUUAUCUCCUGGAGUAAAAUCGCAGAGGCCAGGGAAAUGGGCGAAGCUCGGUGUGAACUAAGUCUGAGUCUGACUGGGUCUCAUAAGUAUACCUGAGAGUAGGCGCGGAGGAUGGCAAUGAAGACAGCCCAGUUUCCUUUAUGAGAUGAAGCCCUGCUUGGACCUUUUUAGCCACAGCCACAUGCAUAGAUCUUAAAGCCUGCCUUUAACAGAAUUCAUGGAGAAUUCAGCAGUUGUCAUUAACAUGAUCCACUCUGGAAGGUUUAUGCUCUGAACUCAGGGCUGUUGGGGAACACAUUUUUACAUCUUAUUUUUAAACCAGAAGAGAAAUAUGUUAAAAUGAAGAUAUAACUGUGCUUGGUAGGUAUGGUCUUGAAAAAUUGUGUGUAAAUCAAUUAUAUGUUAAAAGCACCAGGGGAAAUUACUUUUCGUAGAUGAACUAUUAUGAAUACUUCUAUAAAGCACAGAACCACCUCUAGCUUAUCUUUCAGGUAUAUCAAAAUUUCAUACAUCAUAUUCUCGCAAGUUUUGCUUAAAGCAAGAUCUAUCUGCACUAGAAAUAAAGAGUAACCAUUUAUGCUUCAUUCUUUUUAUCUAUAGUGUGUGCAAGUUUUUAUAAAUAUUAUGUUUUAUGAUGUUUUCCUAAGAGAAAUAAUUUCCUAAUUUUGUAGUUCAUUUUAGAGGGAUAAAAUUUUCUAGCAUUUUCUAGCAUUACAAUAAAUCAAUGAUGAGUGCCUUUCAGCAAAUCUAAAGGCAGAAUAAACCUGUAGAGUGAAAAAGUUGAUAUUUACUUACAGUGAAUUUUAUGCAAAUAAACUGAGAAAAGAUCACCGAGCAUUGUACGGCUAUACUUUGCAAUGAUGGCGGGGGGAACUCAACCUCCAGGAAAAUGAAUAGAUCGCUUUAUAUGCUUCUGUCUGUAGUAUUAGAAACAUUGUAUAUGUAUGAACUAUGAUUUUAAAAGAAAUGCUUUUAUCAAGCCAAGAUUCAGAAGUGAAAUGAAAUCUAACAACAUCUUUCCUUUGCAAACUAAAUCCUCUUCUGAUUUUGAAAUUCUUUGACAUUAAUUUGUGUCUUGCUUAGGAUUUUACAUUGUUAAUGAUAAUAAUCUUAAUGAAUAAUUUUAAUUUCACAUUAUCAAGAAGUAGAAAAUUUAUUAAAGAAGAAAAUAAAAAUAAAUGUUGCCUUGCAGAUUAUUGUUCGUCUGUUGGGGGCUGUUUUUCAAUCUGGGAACAUUGAUUCCUAUCUUUUUGGUACUCAAUAGAGCCAUAAAAUUAUAUGUACAUACAUAAAAUAUAUAAUAAUUACUUCACAUUUGAAAAUGAGCACUUAAAUAAACUGAUGUUUCAACUUUCAA